AUGCUUCUGCGUUUGAUCCUGUUCUUGUGUCUUCUGCUGUCGGAGACGGUCAACACCACCAACACGUCUGCCACGCCGGGAGUUACCCACGGUGACGUUACCGAUUAUGGCAUUCGGCGGAAGCCCUCCACGCUUCUUAGUGCUGUCACGUUGGCAAAUGGUGCUUUCCGCGGUGCGGUGGUUCGAGAACAACAAUUGGCGCCCAAUUUAGGCAAAAUCGAAAGCGCCAAAGGUAAUAUCAACUCCACCACUUCUCAGAAGGUGAGAGGUGCCGCAGCUGUUGCAGGUGGCGCUAAGCUGAUAGGGAACGUACGGGGUGACGUCUCACCGCUGACCAAUGCACCGCAAGGGAAUGACAUCACUUCGCAGAACCUCGUCGCCGUAUCCACGGCGAUGGAAACCUCCAGACGAGGUGGCGGCCACCUAAGCAAUUUGCUCUCCAGUCACGGGAGCAGUGAGAGCAGCAACCAUUGCUGCCGACAGAAAGACGGCGACAGCGGAGAGAGUGAGAAGGGAGUACAAAACGCCCUGAUGAUGAUGAUGGGCACCUUGGUAAUGGGGAAGAUGAUCAUGCUGAUGCCAAUGAUGUUACUGAAGUCUGCUUCCGAACUUCUUGAGUCAUUACUCUCUCUGGCGAUGAAAGUGGUGGAGAUGGCGCAGAAAUUGCUGGAAAGAAAUUCCGAGGGUCGGAGAGGCAGCCAGCACAGCAGUGGCAGAGGGGACGGAGGUAGAGGAUCGGAGGCGACCCACAAGCAAGUCGUCGUGCUGCAGCUCCCAAAGGACCACCACGAGUCCUGGCUCAGCGACGACUCACCGCACGACAGCUACGGCGGCGAGGCGCACCCGGGGCACGGCUGGAGCGAGGAGUACUCCCUGCACGCCAGCAGCUACCACCCCCUGGAGUGGUCGCCGCACGCGGGCGGCGGCGGCUGGCGGACGUGCACUUCAGGUUCAGGCGGUGUCUCCGGCAACUCCGGGAAGCAUCCACUCCUGGACGAAGCCAACAUCAGAUGCCCCGUCGUCCAUGAAGCGACCCUGCCCUCCAAGUGUUGUCCUGUAGCUGACUGA